AUGUUCUGGGAUACGGGUCGGAGGCGCCGACCUUUGAGAUUCUCUGUUGGUGAUCGGGUAUUCCUCCGUGUGUCACCCAUGAAGGGCGUUAUGUGGUUUGGGAGGUGGGGCAAGCCUAGCCCCAAGUACAUUGGGCCUUUAGAGAUACUCCGGACAGUUGGGGAGGUUGCUUAUGAGUUGGCCCUACCUCCAGCAUAUUCAGCCAGUCACCCGAUUUUCCAUGUCUCGAUAUUGCGGCGAUAUGUUCCUAUUGAGUCCCAUGUGCUCCAGUAUGAUGCAGUUGAGCUGGAUGAUCGUUUGACAUUUGUAGAGGAGCCAGCUACCAUUCUUGCCAGUGAUGUGAGGAGAUUGCGCUAA